AUGAUCAUUCAUUCUUUGUUUUCUCAAAUCCCAUGUUCCCAAACCUCGACAACCAUCUACUUUUUAUGGUGUCUCUUGCUUAGUUAUAGAAACUUUCAAGAUUGCAGUUUUAGCACCACUCUACUCUCACAACACCCUCUACUCUCUCACUUUCAAUUCUCAUCACUACUCAAUUUCCGAGAGGCAAUUGCCCAUCCACAUCCAUCUGUUUGUUAUAAAUACCAUUCACUUUUGGUUGAAUUAAACAACAAACCAAACAAACAAAUCAAUUUAAAACAACAACAACCAACAACAACAAACAAUCAAACCUUAAAGGUAUUUGUCGGUAAGACCUCUCUCAUGAACCAAUAUGUAAACAAGAAGUUCAGCAAUCAAUACAAAGCAACCAUUGGUGCUGAUUUCCUUACCAAGGAACUCAUGGUUGACGACAGAGUUGUCACCAUGCAAAUUUGGGAUACUGCUGGUCAAGAAAGAUUCCAAUCGCUCGGUGUAGCUUUCUACCGUGGCGCCGAUUGUUGCGUACUCGUCUAUGACGUCAAUGUCGCAAAGACGUUUGAAAAUCUUGACUCAUGGAGAGAUGAAUUCCUCAUCCAAGCUGGUCCACGUGAUCCAGACAACUUCCCAUUCGUUGUACUCGGUAACAAGAUCGAUCUUGAGAACCAACGUGUCGUUUCACAAAAGCGUGCCGCUUCAUGGUGUCAAAGCAAGGGCAACAUCCCAUACUUUGAAACCUCUGCCAAGGAGGCCAUCAACGUCGAACAAGCUUUCCAAACUAUCGCCCGUAAUGCUAUCAAACUCGAAGACGGUCUCGUUUUCCCAAUCCCACCAGGUAUCCAAGUUCAACCAGAAACCAAUACCCAAACCAAAUCUUCAUGUUGUUAA